AUGAAUCGUGCCAUUAGUCCACCGCCCGCCAAGCGGCGCAAGACUACUACUACUACCAAGUCAACUGCAUCGACGAAAAGUUCCCAGGAGACCACAUCAUCCAUCAGUUCUACCAUUCUUCCACCACUGGAAGCAAACACCUUCCGCAUUUUCUCGUGGAACAUCAAUGGAAUCUCACCCUUCCUCCAACCAUCAAUUACGUCAUUCUUCAAGGCACCAAAAGGUAGCCAUAAUGAGGAUAGCAAAGAUGAAAUAUAUCCUACUUCACUCCGGGCCUUCUUGCACCGCCACCACUGGCCAUCUAUCCUCUUCCUCCAAGAAGUCAAAAUCGCAUCCAAAGACAUAAAAACACAAGAUGCUGUGAGAACAGCCAUCAACUCGUACUUGCCCCCAGAGACUAGUUCAAACACUUCCAAAGGUCCCCUGUAUGACGCGCACUUCACCCUUCCCACCGAUCCCCACAAUGCUCGGGGUCCACGGGGAAGCGGAAAAGUAUAUGGAGUAUGCAGCAUUUUGCGCAGGGACUUGAACAAUAUUUAUACCACAACAGUGCGAACCGUUGAUUGGGAUCGCGAAGGCCGAAUCUCAAUAGUAGAAAUCACAUGUCGAGUCACAUUAUCGAAACUCGCAAUCUUCCACAUCUACGCUGUCAAUGGAACAGAAUACUUGUAUCAUGAUACACGUAGUGGAGCUGUGCAGGGAACGAGACACGAUCGCAAGAGAGAGUUCCAUCGUUUGUUGAUGGAGGAAUGUAAGAGGCUAGAGCGGCAGGGCUGGGAUGUGUUGCUUGCGGGUGAUAUGAAUGUUGCUCCUGAUGAGCGUGAUGGGCAUCCUAAAUUAAGGGUCUUUCCUAGGGACCACGUCGUUAAUCGUGCAGAUUUUCACGACAUGUUGCUUGAGGGAAGGGAUGAAGAGAAGAAAUCUAUUGGGCUGAACGGCAUUGAUAUCUGGAGAAAAAUGCAUGAACAAGAGAGGAGGUACACCUACUAUCCGCGCACCAGGGAAUGGGGAACUAGCUGUGAUAGAGUGGAUUACUUUAUCGCCGGGCGGAGACUUUGGGAAAAGGGAUGUGUAAAGGCUUGUGGGAUUAUGAACAGUGAGGCAGAACGAGGGCCCAGCGAUCACGUGCCAAUAUGGGCGGAUAUUGAAUUCAAAAUAAACAGGGAAUGA